CUUAAGGCUACUACGAGAUGGACUUUGCCUCUUCUUGUCAAUCCUUUACCCUAAUACGUCACUUGCCCAUAGAAUUACGCACAUCCUUUUCUUACAAUAGUACUAAUGCGAUUUUGCCCUCUUCGUCUCUUUGAAGAAAACAUAAAGACGACUCACUCUGAAGAACUUCACCUGCUGCUAUCUUUAUUGAAACUGCUAUCUUUAUUUGAAGUUCUCUCGCGACCGUGCGCGCGUGAAAUGUCUCCAGAGAUGAAGUUUGGCGCGCUAUCUUAUGAAACAUUAAAACUAUUUAACCGACAGAAGUGGCGUAUGUUUUCAAGACAUUUAUCAAAUUUAGAAGACAACUUCAUUGCCGCCGAUGUAGGCGAAGAGUCUCAGUAAGACACUACAGGUGUUUAACGGACCGUUUCAGAUGGAGACCGUCACAUGAGAUCUGAUGUCAUACGGGACGCUCGCGCGGCGGAGGCAGCUGCUCUCGUGAGGUGGCAGUCAGUCAGUCAUCAGUUGAAUUGGAGCGGGCCAAAGAAAUCAACGCAUUGCGCACAGACAUCAUUGUUGUUUAAAAACCUUGGGAUUUUCAAUUUAAAUUUAGAGUUUGCAGUUUAUAAUAAGACGAUGGACAGCAACGUGGUGCAGAUUUUUAAGGAGGACAAAUGCCCCUCAUCGCACCUCGAGAAUUGUUUACCCAACUUCACAUGGCAGUCUGCUGUCUCGGACAUUUAUAACUAUUCACUGAAUGAAAGCUGGACGAACGAGCAGGAAACUAUGUCUCCUAUUAUUCCGAUCAUCACUGCCGUGUAUUCCGUGGUGUUUGUUGUAGCACUAGUGGGAAACUGUCUGGUGAUGUAUGUCAUUAUCAGAUACACUAAAAUGAAAACCGCCACAAACAUCUACAUCUUUAACUUGGCUGCUGCAGAUGCCUUGGUAACCACCACCAUGCCCUUUCAAAGCACAGAUUAUCUGAUGAACUCCUGGCCAUUUGGAGAGGUGGUGUGUAAGGUGUUCAUCUCCAUCGACUACUAUAACAUGUUUACUAGUAUCUUGACCUUGACCAUGAUGAGUGUGGACCGUUAUGUGGCCGUCUGCCACCCUGUCAAGGCCCUUGAUUUCCGGACACCGAUGAAAGCUAAGCUCAUCAACAUCCUCAUCUGGGUGCUGUCCUCGGCUGCUGGGAUCCCUGCAAUGGUUCUUGGCAGCACUCAAACAAAUAAUGGCACUACAGAAUGUGCUCUGCAGUUUCCAGACCCGUAUCUCUACUGGGACACAUUGAUGAAGAUCUGCGUUUUCAUCUUUGGUUUUGUGGCUCCUCUCCUCAUCAUCACGGUGUGCUACACGCUCAUGGUCCUGCGUCUCAAGAGCGUACGUCUGCUGUCUGGCUCCCGGAAGAAAGACCGCAACCUGAGACGCAUCACUCGUCUAGUGCUGGUUGUGGUGGCUGUGUUUGUGGUGUGCUGGACGCCCAUACACAUCUUCAUUCUAGUCAAAGCUCUUUCGCCUGGAGUGCCGGAGACCACUGCGGUCAUGGGGGCAUAUUUCUUCUGUGUGGCGCUGGGAUACACCAACAGCAGCCUGAACCCCAUCCUGUAUGCUUUCCUUGAUGAGAACUUCAAACGCUGCUUCAGGGACUUCUGCUGCCCAGGUCGGACCACGGGGGAUGGGCACGGCGUCAGUCGGGUCAGAAGCACUCUUCGUGAGCACACGUGCCCAGCAGAGGCCAAAGGGGACAGAGGCAAAGGUCGGCCCGUAUGACUAGCCGUGGAGCUGUCGUCAUUUCAUGGUCAAGAGGACUCAAAUGACCUGGGACUGACACAGAUCACCACCGCCAUCUGAGGAAGAGAUUCUGCCCUUUGUCUUUAGAAGAAAUGGGCUAACUAUUGCUAGAGGAAAAAGGGAUCUUUUAUCAAAAUCAUUUACCCCUUUCAGGCAUACAGACUUGACUGGAAAAUUACCGGCAAAUUGCCGUAAAGAGAUCAUGUGUGCGCAGACCCUUUAAAAAAAAAAUCGUUCCAGCAAUUUACUGGUAUGAGAAGUUGUAACAUUACCAGUAAAUUGCCGGAAUGAUGCUGUGUGUGAACGCAGAAUGAAAACGAGUUAGAGAGAGACGUCUACUCCUGGCCAAUCCAGAGCCGAUUAAAUUCAAACUUUAAUGGAUGUAAGAUCAGUCAUAAUAUUCUGACACAGAUGGCGCAUUUAGUCCAUACUGUGUAUUUCAGUUUGAAAUCGUCUAAUAUGAUGUCUCUGGGCCAAACGAAGCUGCAUGAAUGUGAACGUUUGACACAAAAAUUAAAACAUUUUGGCGUUUUCCCCUCCAUGUUUACAAACACAACACCGGGAGGCACAUUUACGUUUAAUUUUGCCAUUAAUUUCCAGUUUUGGAAUUUGAAACCAAUGUGUGAAUGGUGCUUUACUGGAAAAAUGACGGAAUGCCUUUGGUCUUGUGAACAGUGCAUUUUGCCGUAAUUUUACGGCAAUUUACUGGUAUUACUGUGUGAAGGCGUUUCGUAUUUCCAUAUUAAUUUUUUUAUAGGACGCUAUAAGAAAAUGACUGUAAAACUUUGAACGUUUAAGUUUAUAGUAAAACCCCAUACAUUAUAUUUUAUUAACUGAUAUAAUGUGAAAACACCAACCUACUGAAAUUUUAAAAUAUGUUUUAUGCUUUUAUAAUAUGCUGACAACCACCAAAAGCACAAGAUGGUAAUUAGAAUACCACAUGAUGAAUCAAAGCUUAUCACAGCUUUUCCACAAGGGGUUGAUAUUAAUAUGAAUAUACAGAAGACUUACAUGACUCUAAAAUAAUGCAGUAAACAUUGUUUUACUGACAUAAAACCCUAAUGUACAUAACUUAUAAGAAAAGAACUAAGCCAUCAAAUGUGAAGUAUCACACGGGAAUGUCAAUUUACAUUUUUUUAACUGUUAAUGAUAGGAUCAUUUGUGUUUUAUUUUUUUUUACUUCCGCAAACUGUAAAUUUAUCAACUGUCCCAUUAUUAAUUGCUCCUGAUAUAUAGUAAAGGAAUUACCCUUAAGAAAUCACCAGGUCUUUUCCCGUUAAAAUAUGAUAAUGUUUUAUAGUGUAUCACCUCAUUCAGAUCUAGUUUAUUGGUUUUUUUUUUGAAUGUCCAUUGACCAAGUAUGUGAUUAAAAACUGGUCCCUCACAAUCAAACCUCAUGCUCAAAGAUCCUUUUGCGUAAUAUGUCCUUUGGGAUAUAUUAGGCACUAUAUUUCAAUUCUAACUUUUAGUUUCACUUGAGUAGAUAUUAAAAAAAAAAUUGUGUAGCCAAAAACUGCAAACUGUAUGUAUGUGUCUGUUUUUGAUCUGUAAAUACAUACAUUUACACAGUGCCCUCCACUAAUAUUGGGCAAAUAUAUGAGAAAAUGCUGCUGUGAAAAUAAAUCUGCAUUGUUUA